AUGGCUGCUCAGAGGUUACUCACAGAUACCAAUGGACCAUAUUAUGGAAAUGGUAGUGGAAAUUUUUCGACGACAAACGGUCCCGAUGGUAAUAGCAAUAUUUAUUCCUCAACAUUUAGUAAUGAAACUUCUCCACCACCAUCAGCUCCUCAUCAUUUACAAAGUCUUCUUGGACCUGUCAAUGAAUCUCCAUCAACUGCCAAUCAUGCGAACAGUAUUAAUGUUGAUAAUCAGCUCAAACAACAGAAAGAUAUGAUAUACAGCCAUCCAUUAUUUCCAUUAUUGGCAUUAAUCUUUGAAAAAUGUGAAUUAGCAACCUGUACACCAAGAGAUCCAGGUGGACCAGGAGAUGUUUGCUCAUCGGAAUCAUUUAAUGAUGACGUUACAGAAUUUACUAAACAGCUUCAAAAAGAUCCAAAUUAUAUAACAACCAAUCCUGAAUUAGACAAUGUGAUGAUUCAAGCAAUACAAGUAUUACGAUUUCAUCUCCUCGAAUUAGAAAAAGUUCAUGAAUUAUGCGAUAAUUUUACUCAUCGUUAUAUAACAUGUUUAAAAGGAAAAUUACCUAUGGAUUUAGUAAUCGAUGAACGUGAUUCAAAUGUUUCAUCAUCAAAAUCAGGUGAUGAUGAUGAUCAAGAUGAUGAUCAAACAAGUCCACAACCACCAUCAGGACUUCCACCACAACCACCAACAAGUUCAUCACGUUCAUCAUCAUAUAAUCAACAUAGUCCAGAUGGUUCAACAACACCAUCAACAUAUAAUCUUGCUCAUCAAGCUAAAUCUCUUCGAUCAUCAUCACAUUGUUCAUCGAUGGCAACAACUUCACAAUUGACACCUCUUGUUUCACCUCACCAUCUUGGUCAUCCAUCUCAUCAUCAUCAUCACCAUCAUCUUCUACAACCACCACCUCCACCAACACAUUUUCAACAACAAUUACCACCACCACUACCACCACAUCCAUCUUAUUCAAAUCAUCUUGUUGGUCAUCAUCCAUCACUUUUAAAUCAUUUAUCUCAACAGCAACAGCAACAACAGCAACAGCAACAACAACAACAGCAACAUUUUCAUCAACAACAAAAUAAUCUCUUACCAAAUCAUCAUUCAAUUCAUAAUGAUGAUACACAAUCGACACAUUCUUCGUCAGAUACAAAUACUCCAAAUACACAUCAAACUGCAAUGACUAAUAUGGGUAAUACCAAUAAUGGUUAUCAUGUUUUACAUGAUAACAACAGUGAAACGGGUGACAAUUUUGAUAACAGUGUUGGUUCAGGCGGUGACAAUACAGGUGGAGAAGAUGAUCUUGAUGAUAAUUCAAAAAAACGUCAAAAAAAACGUGGUAUUUUUCCAAAAGUAGCAACAAAUAUUAUGCGAGCGUGGUUAUUUCAACAUUUAACUCAUCCAUAUCCGUCCGAAGAACAAAAGAAACAAUUGGCUCAAGAUACUGGCUUAACAAUUUUACAAGUUAACAAUUGGUUUAUCAAUGCCAGACGUCGUAUUGUACAACCAAUGAUUGACCAAUCAAAUCGUGCUGGUAAGUUAAGACUAAAUGAUGGUGAAGAUCUUGAUGAACAAAAUUUCAUAUAUAUACCUAUGAAUACUAUUACACAUCGACGUAAUCAUUUGAAACAAACUCGAGAAUUACCACAGAAUUCAAAAAAUUUAUAUCGUCGAACAAAUUCUAUUAAGAUACCAGAAAAAACAGCAUCAGCAGCAGUUAUUUCUCAACGAUCACCCCUUUCAUAUAUAACGAAAGCGUCUAUCCCAACUGAAUUUACUGAAUGUUUUGGUCCAUAUUCUCCUGAUGCAGCUGCAGCUGCUGCUAUGCAUUAUCAGUUUGGUGGAGGUUAUCCAACAACACCUCAUGAUAUAUUUGGAUCCUAUGCUCAGAUGUCACAAUUUCGAAAUCCAAUGAUGAUGAUGUAUCCAGGUGGUUAUCCUGUAUCAUCAAGUCCGAAUAGUAUGAUGGAUCAAAUGGGUCAUCAUCAUCAUCAACAACAAGAAUCAUCUGCAGUCACAAGUGGAGCUGCUUAA